UUGUAUGUUUUUUUCCAGAUACUUUUGACUGGGACAAGUAUUUGAAAGAGACUGAUUCUGUAAGUGCACCUUCAGAAUACUUCAGACAGUCUAAGACUCCACCAACUAAUGAAUUCCAAGUUGGUAUGAAAUUGGAAGCCCGUGACCCUCGCAAUAUCGGUUCAGUGUGUGUUGCUUCUGUUAUUGCAACUACUGGUGCCAGAUUACGUUUACGACUGGAUGGUAGUGACAAUAAGAAUGAUUUUUGGAGACUUGUUGAUUCAUCAGACAUACAGCCUGUUGGGACAUGUGAACAGGCAGGAGAUUUACUUCAACCUCCACUGGGGUACAGAAUGAAUGUUUCAUCUUGGCCCAUGUUCUUACUACGGACACUAACUGGAUCUGAACUGGCCCCUGCAGUGUGCUUUAAGAAGGAACCACCACCGCCACCCCUAAAUAAUUUUAAAGUUGGGAUGAAGAUUGAAGCUGUUGAUAGAAAAAACCCGUUUUUGAUCUGUCCUGCCACAAUUGGAGAUGUCAAAGGAGAUCAAAUUCAUAUUACUUUUGAUGGGUGGAGUGGAGCAUUUGAUUAUUGGUGCAAAUAUGACUCCCGGGACAUAUUCCCAGUUGGAUGGUGUUGCCUCACAGGAGAUAUAUUGCAGCAACCAGGAAGUAUUGCUGAAAAGAAGCCAAAGAGCAGAGGAGUAACUAGACCUUGGAAAGAUGGAGCCACAGCUUUGGAAAGUAUAGAAGCAGCCCCAGAAGCUGCAGAAAAACCCCAGGGCAGUAUAUUCACCAACCCUUUUGAGGAUGAAGACAGACCUGUGAAAGAUGAGCAAGCAGCCCCAGCUGGGGAAAAAACCAAGGGCAGAGGAUUCACCAAACCUGGGCAAGAUGAAGCCAGACCUGGAAAAGAUAACCAAGCAGCUCCAGCUGGAAAAAAACCCAAGGGCAGAGGAUUUACCAAACCUUGGGAAGAAGAAACCAGACCAGGGAAAGAUGUCCAAACAGCGUCAGCUGGGAAAAAACCCAAGGGCAGAGGAUUCACCAAAGCCUGGGAAGAUGAAGCCAGACCAGGGAAAGAUGUCCAAACAGCCCCAGUUGAGAAAAAACCCAAGAGGAAGAGGGUUACCAAACCUUGGAAAGAACAGGCCACACCUUUUGAAGAUGAAGCAGCAGCCCCAGCUGAGAAAAAACACAAGGGCAAAAUGGUCACCAAACCUUGGGAAGACGAAAUCAUAACUAUUGAAGAUGAUGAUGAUGAUGAUGAUGAAGUAGCUCCAGCUGAGAAAAAACAAAUGGGCAAAACAGUUAGCAAACCAUGGAAAGACCAAGGCGGACUUUUUGAAUAUGGAGAAGCAGCCCCAGGUAAGAAAAAACAAAAGGGCAAGACAGUGACCAAACCAUGGAAGGACCAAGGUGGAGUUUUUGAAUAUGAGGAAGCAGGCCCAGCUAAGAAAAUAUGUAAGGGCAAGACAGUGACCAAGCCAUGGAAAGACCAAGGAGGACUUUUUGAAUAUGAAGAAGCAGCCCCAGCUGAGCAAAAACGCAAAGGCAAGACAGUGACCAAACCAUGGAAGGACCAAGGUGGAGAUUUUGAAUAUGAAGAAGCAGGCCCAGCUGAGAAAAAACGCAAGGGCAAGACAGUGACCAAACCAUGGAAGGACCAAGGCGGAGUUUUUGAAUAUGAGGAAGCAGGCCCAGCUGAGAAAAAAUACAAGGGUAAGAAAGUGACCAAACCACGGAAAGACCAAGGAGAACUUUUUGAAUAUGAAAAAGCAGCCCCAGCUAAGAAAAAAUGCAAGGGCAAAACAGUCACCAAACCACGGAAAGUUCAAGGUGGAUUUUUUGAAGAUGAAGAAGCUGCUCUAGCUGAGAAAAAGCGCAAGGGCAAAACAGUCACCAAACCAUGGAAAGGCCAAGGCGGACUUUUUGAAUAUGAAGAAGCAGCCCCAGCUGCGAAAAAACGCAAGGGCAAGACAGUCGCCAAACCUUGGAAAGACCAAGGUGGAGAUUUUGAAGAUGAAAAAGCUGCCCUAGGUGAGAAAAAACGCAAGCGCAAAAGAGUCAGCAAAUUUUGGAAAGAACAAGCCAAACUUUUGGAAGAUGAAGAAGCAAUUCCAGCUCUUUUCUCAGCUCUUUCAGUGCACAGUGCAGAGAACACACCGCCUUCCUCUGCUGAACAAACAAAAUCUUCCACUUCUGAGAAAACAAAGCCUUCCACCUCUGAGAAAACAAAGUCUCCCACCCCCAAAGGGGCUCAAUCUUCAAAGAUGUCUCCACGGAAAACAGCUAUUGUACUACCAGUAACAAAGGCCAGCAAGAAGUCAGUACAAACUAAGCCAACUGGAGAUACUUCAGCUACUAAGAAAGGCAUUACUGUUAAGCUUAUCCUACCAAAGAAAAUAGGUGGAAAGUCAGGAAAAAAGGAAAAAUGUAUUCCAGUUGUUUCUUCUACAUCCUCAGCUUCUCUCAGUUCACUGAUGAAAAGCUCUUCAUCUAAUAAGUCUUCUGCAGGGCCAUCUAAAAUAGUGAUGUCUACAGUCUGUGUCUAUAUAAAUAAACUUGGAGAUUGUGGCCCCUACCUGGAUCCACAGAAAGUUCAGCAGCUGCCUGACCACUUUGGCCCAGGCCCUGUGAAUGUGAUUCUCCGGCGGACUGUGCAGGCCUGUGUGGAUUGUGCCAUUGACGCCAAGGCUGUGUUUCUAUUUCUUAAGCCAGACACUCGAGGAGGAGAAAUAAUUACUGCCGCCUUUGAUGGGAAAGUUCAUACCGUUGAGCUCCCUCCAGUGAAUAGCGCAUCAUUUGCGCUUCGCUUUCUUGAAAAUUUCUGUCACAGUCUGCAGUGUGAUAAGUUUUUGAGCAGCCAGCCUUUCAACCCUAAGGCUCGUAUUGAUGCCCCUCCUACCGACCUUGAUCAAAACAAACCAGCAGUAGAUGAGGAACUAAAUGAAAGGAGAAGCCUCAAACGAUCUCUGCGACCUCGACCUUUGGCUCCUGCCUCAUCAAAGGCUCCCAGAAAGACUGGGCGACCCUCUAAAGCUUCAAGUUAUAUAGCUGUACCUGACCCCAGUGUCCUGAAACAAGGCUUCUCUAAGGACCCUUCAACCUGGUCUGUGGAUGAAGUGAUACAGUUUAUGAAACAUACAGAUCCUCACAUAUCAGGCCCCCUCGCCGACCUCUUCAGGCAACAUGAAAUUGAUGGGAAAGCUCUGCUACUGCUGAAGAGUGAGCUGAUGAUGAAAUAUAUGGGGCUGAAACUAGGACCAGCAUUAAAACUAUGUUACUACAUUGAAAAACUUAAAAGUAAAAUAUAAUUGAAAAUGUGCAAAUUUAGAUUAGAGACAAUUCUCAGGUAUACUGAAAAUAUUUUACCCUAAAAAUUGUUUUCUUCUCAUCAGUUUUUGUUUUAUAAAAGUUUUUAUAAAAAUGUUUUAUCAAAAUUGUAGUACAGUUACAUUGAUAGUAUACUUUUACUUUUAAACACCAUUGAAUAUGUUUUAUUAGCAUACUUAUAACUGGCAAUUUAUUAUUUAUGUCUUUAAUUAUUUUUAUUGUGUUUACAAGUGUACUUCAUGUAGCAAACAGAGGAAAACCUUUUAUUUGGAUUAGUCUUUAUAUCUAGAACCAAAUACCUAAACCCCAAAGGGGGAAAAUGCCAGCAACUUAAGUUCUAUUAUAAAAACAUGAGAAUUUUUUUUCAAAAGAGAAUUUAAAGAUGCACUUAACUCUCAACUCCUUCCCAAUUAUUUUAUAUGUCUAUUUUACAGUGUUUUGUUUAUGAUAUACUACUACUAGAAAGGGAAGAGCCAUAUAAAUUAUUUUCCUUUCUGAUGGUGCCCUUGGUGGUGUAUUUGUUCAUACAAAGGGGGGAAAGCAAGUUUAUAAGCUUGCAUAAAGUGUUCUUAGUAGUCUUUGUUCUUACUAGUAUUUUUUUAAACUGUGGGAUAGAUUAAAGUGAAAAAUUGUGUGCAGGAGAUGUAUAUUCUCCAAGAGUGAAUUGGAUGCAAUUGGACAAACUUUAUAACUAUUUUACAAUUUUCUGUAUUUUUGCUAAGCUCGAACAUUAGACAUUCAAUUCUGACAUCUCUAUUUCCAAAAUAUUUGUGUCCAGGUUUUAAAAAUGUGUUUUAUUUUGUGCUCAUUACUCGUACAGAUACUUUAGCAUAUUUAUAUACUAUUCUAUAUCUGUGAGAAUACACAAGUGAUCUUUUGAUUUAUUAUGGCACUUUACACUGCCACAGAGGUAAUAAAGAACUAUAUAUAGAUGUUUAUUCUAUUAAAAAUAUGUACAUCAUUUUGCUAUCACCAGUACCUCUCAACUUAUUAUUCAGGUGAUAAGAAACUCUACAUAGAUUGGCUCCCACACAGGGAAGCUCUCUAUCCUAUGCAAUAUUUCUAAUUAAUUUACAUAGUUCUGAGCCAUCUAUUCUACUACAUAUUAAAAGAUAACAUUGGUUCUGACAUCGGGGCUCUAUUUUUAUAAAUGAGAGCUUUCAAAAGAAAAUGGUGUUGCAUGCCAUUACUUUAUAUAGUGGUGUAAUACAUUAUAAGCUAUGAGAAUCAGUUAUAUAUGUAUUAGCCAUUUGUUCUAAAUGUCAACAAAAUGUUCACCAGGACAAGAAUGUACAUUUUGCUCUUUAGAAUACCAAAUGUGUUUUAUAUAACAAUGCAAAUGUAUAAGAGAUUACUUCACCUAUGUCAUUUCUGAUACGACUAGAUUCUUACUUAAACUUGAUCUUCUUGCAAAUUGUUUGUAUGAAGAUGCUAUGUCCAGUUGAAUGGUCCUCAGGUGUUUAUAAUACUGUUUUAUAAACCUGAUUUAAAGAAUAUAAUAAAUAACCACAGCAAUUAA